UGAUUUUUAAGUGUGCCAGCCACCUUCUUUGUACGCAUGUGUCUUUUCUUCCUUCCUUCAAAUAUAUAUGCUUAUGCCCACAUAUCAUUUUACCAGAUUGAUAGCAUGUUAGUUUCAAUUCUCUUCCUUUGGAUGCCUAUUCUGAUCUUCACAGCCACUGCAUACGAUUUUAAAACCAAAUACUGUGAACUUAACACCACCAGCCAAACAAACAACACCAUUUAUUACUCAAAUCUCAUCCAAGUCCUUGACUCACUUGCUUCAGAAUCCAACUUAGUUAAUAAGCUAUUCUUAGCCAAGAGUACUGGAAUUCAACCCGACAUAGUCUAUGGCCUCUACCUUUGUCGGGCUGAUGUUCUCCCAAACGACUGUCGUAAUUGUUUGCUCGAUGCCCGUGAAGAUAUCAACACGACAUGCCCUUUGUCAAAAGUAGUCGUGACAUGGAGGGACGUCUGCAUGUUACGUUACGCCAAUUAUUCAAUGGUCUCGGUGAUGAACUCUGCUCCUUUUUUCGAGAUCUGUAAUGAAGUUAAUAUUUCAGAACUGGCUUCAGAGCAAAAUCGGUUUUCGCAAGUUGCUAAUAAUCUUAUGGGUCAACUAUCAAUACGUGCAUCAAAUGAUCUAAAAAAGAUGUUUGCAUAUGAUGAAGUAUCAUACAAUGAUACUGAAAAGAUUUACGGAUAUGUCCAGUGCACACCAGAUUUAUCGGGUUCUGAUUGUAGUAAGUGUCUUCAAGAGAGCAUAGAUCGUUUGCGCCCAUACUGUUAUGGGAAAAAAGGGGCAAGAUUGGUGGCCGCGAGUUGCAAUAUUAGAUUUGAGAUCUAUAAGUUCUUACAAUUCACAACAGCCUCAUCAGACAACCCGGCGAAAAAGAAAAUUCCAUCAAAAAUAGUUGCAGCAAUUGUAGCUACAUUUAGUGUUUUUGUUGUCACUGCGGCCAUAUGCUAUUUGUUCAUAGUCAAGAAAUGGUUUCGUCCUAUCGCAAGCAGUGAUUUACAAGAUAAAUAUGCAGAUGAAAGUGAUAUAAUAGCUCACGAAUCUUUACAAUUCGAAUUCGGCACAAUUGAGGAAGCCACAAACAAUUUCUCAAUUGAGAAUAAAGUAGGCGAAGGUGGGUUUGGUGAAGUAUACAAGGGAAUUCUUGCUAAUGGGCAAGAAGUUGCUGUGAAGAGGUUAUCCAAAGGGUCUAGACAAGGCUCAUUGGAGUUCAAGAAUGAGGUCGCAUUACUAGCCAAACUUCAACACAGAAAUCUAGUCAGACUUUUAGGAUUUUGCCUUCAUGCUGAGGAGAGGAUCCUGAUUUAUGAAUAUGUUCCUAACAAUAGCCUUGACUUCUUUUUAUUUGGUCCUACAAAUGAUGUGAAAUUGGAUUGGUCAACGCGUUACAGAAUAAUUGGAGGAAUUGCUAGAGGAAUGUUGUACCUACAUGAGGAUUCGAGAUUGCGAUUUGUUCACCGGGAUCUCAAAACUAGCAAUAUACUAUUAGAUCAAGAAAUGAAUCCAAAAAUUUCAGAUUUUGGAAUUGCAAGGAUUGUUUGCGGAAGUGAAGAACAGGCAAAGACAAGUAGGAUUGUUGGAACUUUUGGGUACAUGUCACCUGAGUAUGCAAUGCAUGGUCACUUCUCUGUGAAAUCCGAUGUGUACAGUUUUGGUGUAUUGCUUCUUGAGAUUAUCAGUGGAAAGAAAAACACUCGAUUCUUUCAAUCUGGUUACACGGACCUUCUAUGCUUUGCCUGGAGUAAAUGGAAAUGUGGAGAAAAACUCGAGAUACUAGACACAAAUAUGGUUGACUCAAGCUCAGAAAAUGAAGCCUUACGUUGUAUCAAUAUUGCCUUAUUGUGUGUCCAAGAAGAUGAUGAAUUAAGACCAUCAAUGGCGUCUGUAGUCUUCAUGCUCAAUAGUGACUCAGAUGCAUUACCUGUCCCUCAACAUCCUCCUUUUGUAUCUGGGAAAAGAAGUGGACAUACAACAUCAGAGCUACAAGAAUCAGUUGUUUGGCUUACCGAUGCUUCCCUUAUUACUGAUGUUCAUCCUCGAUAAACAAAGACAUUAAACAAUUUUAGUUAGGUGUCAACACCUAUUUUAUGUGUGAACGUCUAUGUUGGAGAAACAUUGGAUAUAAUCCUAUGAUCAUUAGCUUUUGCAGGUGCAUAAGGUAAUGAUGCUUUUACAAUACUUUUGAUUCAUUCAACUCUAUAGUGUAUUGUAAAUGAUCAAACUAAUUGUAUCUUUUGAAUGCCUUGUCCAAGUUAUAAUUUCUUUUAUAUAGUU